CCCAAGAUGAGAGAAGCCAGCCAGUCGUGAAAACAUUCGAAGUAGUUUAUUACGUCGCCACAAAACAGCGAAACCUACUUAAUUUGUGGUUUAUCCAACUACACAGCUUAACAACCAAUACCAUUUAAAAAAGAUGAGUGUUUGAUAUGAGGGAAUGCAUUCAAAAGGCCCGUUAAAUGAGGGUCUACCGCGAAGAUGAAGCGAAGUUGCUUGUUACUACGUGUGGUGCUUGGAAAUGAAGGAACUCGAUAAUUACUCUAAAUGAGCGCAUACAUCCACUUCAAGGCUAGCGCGACACGGACAGAGAAAUUAGCGGGUACUAGAUAUCCGCUAACGGGCUAAAAAUCUUCCAUAUUGAAAGAAAUGGGAGUCAUUAGCGUAUACAGAACUGGUACAACUCUUCUUAAUGUUGUUGUUAUCAUCCUUGUCGGUUUUGUGUGCCGAUCGAGAGCCAUUUGCGGUGGUAGAACGGUGUUAACUGAACUAAACGGGACGAUAUCUGAUGGCCCAUCUAACUAUCCAGAGAAUACACAGUGCGAAUGGUUGAUAAAGGCUCCACGCCCAAACAUGACGAUCACCCUUAAUUUCCUGGAAUAUGGUACAGAGUGCACCUAUGACUACUUAUUUAUCCAUGAUGGUCCGUCAUAUAUAUCCCCACUGCUGGCCAGUCUGAGUGGAGAGCAGUUACCUGGAAAAGUCAUUGCUCAUUCUGGACAGAUGCUGCUGAACCUCUAUAGUGACACAAACUAUGUGCUGAAAGGAUUUACUGCCAACUACAGCAUCGCAAACUGCACCAAUGGAUGUUCUGGACAUGGUGCUUGUGAUAGUGGUGUCUGUCAGUGCCAGUCACAGUGGCAUGGUGUUUCCUGCAACUUGCCAUGGUGUCCAGAUAACUGUAACCAAGGAUCUGGUCAGGGUUUCUGCAAUAAUGUUGCUGGUUUUUGUGCCUGUGCUGUUGGAUAUACAGGGGAUUCCUGCUCUUUGUCCCUCCUUAACAACACAGGCGACAACAUGUGGUACCCCAUGGUCACAGAGUCUGCCAUAUUUACCCCUAGAACUAGUUUUGGUGGAGUUUAUUUCAACUCAGCUGAUUCAAUUUAUAUAUUUGGAGGUUUUAAUCUUAAUAAAAUUUUUGAUGAUAUUUUGGAAUUCAAUAUCUCCUCUGGCCAAUGGAGAAAAAUUAUAACUUCUGAUCCUAAACCUAUGGGACGUCACUCCCACACUGUGUCUUUGUACAAAGACAGUCUGCUGGUGUUUGGAGGCGAUACUGGAACUGGUCUAUCUAAUGAGCUCUGGCAGUUUAAUCUGACAUCCAGACUAUGGGCGCAGUUAGCUGUCAGUGACCCCAAUACCCCACCUCCUGUUGUGGAUCACACUGCUAACAUCGUAGGGGACAAGCUUUAUGUGUAUGGGGGUCGCACUGCCAAUACAAGUUUCUCGUCUGCCAUGUUCAUGUACUCAUUGAGUCCUGGUGGAACUUGGUCUGAGGUUGUCUACAAGUCUGGCAAGCUACUCUCUCUGGAGGUGGCUGGACACAGCACUGUGUACCAUUCAGACACCAACUCUCUCAUCGUCUUUGGCGGAUUUAUGCCACUGGGUGUAAGGGCCAGCGAACGGUCCAAUAAACUUUCUAUGUUUCACCUUGAUGAGUUGGUGUGGACAGAAUUGAAAACAGAUGGUGCUAACUUACCAACAAAGCGAGCGUUUCAUUCAGCCAUUCUAAGUGGGGACUACCUCGUUGUUUUUGGUGGCAAUAGACACACUCAUGGCUCAGAUGAGACAUGUUAUGAUGGCCUUCUACACUUCUACCACAUCCCAUGUCACAAGUGGGUCCCAUUUCUAGCCCCGCCCUCGGGCCCAAGGGGGAGGUUCUCACAUUUGGGUCUGGUGAGGGACUCGGUCAUGAUGGUGUUGGGUGGCUAUGCAGGGAUGCCACUGGGUGACAUGAUGUCAUAUAAGUUGCCACAGGGUGUUGCUGUUGUCAAUCAAACAGGUGCUGCCAUUAAAGGGUCUCAUUGCAAAGCCCUAACUUCUGACAGUAGCUGCAAGCUUGACCCUGCCUGUGGAUGGUGCUCUGGAAAUCCUGCUUCUAAAUGCUUUGCUGUCCAGGAAUCCAGCAAGUGCCUGUCUGGCUGGUCCACUGGUACCUGUCCAGGAUCCUGCAGCGUCCAUGACACAUGCAAGUCCUGCCUGGCAUGGGGCGUCAACCAUGUGCCGCACUGUGGCUGGUGCGUACAGGACAGUCUGUGUUACCCGACCUCAUCCCCAUCAGGAGCUUGCAAGGCCCCCUUCACUAAAGGCUGGUGGGGCACUUCAUCACAGUUCCUUACCUCCUCUGUAAAUCAAUGCCGCUCCCUCGACUUCCCGCCCGGUCUUGUCGAGGUUUCACACACGUACCCCGUGAACCUGUCCAACCCUGACUUUGUCCAUAUUAUCAGUGAGUCCAGUACGUCUAUCCAAAUGUCCGCUGUUAAUGCGUUAUUGACCACUGUGUUUGAGAAGCACGUGAGCGGGUUUGUUUACCCAUACAAGUACCGCAGCGCGCCCCUCCAGGCGUAUAAGAUGUGGAUGGAAGUGGGGAACAUCCAAAUGAGCUCAGGGAAGAUGUACAUCAGUACUGAUAACGUGGCUUCUAACAAGGAACGAGUGGCAGAGUGUCCGACAACCGCCCAGAGCCUGAGCUGCCUGGCCUUGGCCCUGCGGAACCCUUCGAGCGCCCCCCUGUUCCCAAGCCCUAGCGAGGAUAGAAAGUACUUCGUUAACUUGCAAGUGACGCGACUGCUGAACGGGAUGACCGCCAAGACAAACUGUGAGGUCACCUGGGAUGGAUACCAGGACCCGAAUUUUCCAAGACUUCCAAUCCUCGGGAAGAACCUAGAGCCAUUCUCGAGUGGCGGGUCUGGCUGUUCGUCGUUUCACAGCUGUAUGCAAUGCAUGACGGACCGGAGCUGUGGAUGGUGCGAGGUGACGCGUACGUGCAUGUCACGAGUGAGUGGAGCCGCUUGCCAGGAUAACAGUGGGCGCAUCCGUCACCUAAAUCUUAAUUACACUGAAUGUGUUAAGUGCGACGACCACAAGGACUGUAUCACUUGCAACCAGGAUACACAGUGUGAAUGGAAUAGAUACCGAAUAUGCCUCAGACGUAAUGUCAUACCAUCUGCAGAUGUGAGAACGCAGUGCGGGAAACCUUGUAGCAGACGUCAGUCUUGCACUGAGUGUGUGAGUGACUCCAGUGGGUGCUCGUGGUGCGAUUCAGCGUCGGAGUGCUUCGUGUUCGCAUCGUACAUCUCUCGGUAUCCUCUCGGCACGUGUACUCAUUGGGUAGAUAGUCCUUCAGGCAAGUGCCGAGAUUGCACUGUUCACAAGACCUGCUCAAGCUGUCUGUCUGAUAUCAAGUGUGGCUGGUGCAGUAACGGAGACAACCCUCUCCUGGGAAGAUGUUAUUCUGGAGACUUUCGCGGUCCUCACGGCAGCCAGUGUUCAAGCAGCGCAAUCAACGUGACCGGAAGUACGACAUGGGCCUACGACAAGUGCCCGGAUGUGAACGAGUGCCGACUGGGACUAGACUCGUGCCAUUACAACUCGACCUGUGUCAACACAUACGGGACUUAUCACUGCAUCUGUAAUCCGGGAUACACCGGCGACGGCAAGACGGCUUGCAACAAAACGUGCUACCCCGCCUGCGUCCACGGAACUUGCAACUCGAACUACCUUUGUGACUGCGACCUGGGGUGGCUUGGAACCAACUGUACGAUUGAUUGUGGGUGUAACGGACACAGCUCAUGUGACCAAGGCAUCGGCAUCUGUGACCAGUGCCAAGAUUAUACCCAUGGAAACCAUUGCGAGUUGUGCGUUCCUGGUUCCUAUGGUAACGCUACAACGUCACAGGGCUGCAAAGCAUGUGAUUGCAAUGGACACGGUGACGUCACGCUAGGAGUGUGUGACCGCAUGACAGGGCAGUGCUUUUGUAAAGAUAAUACUGAAGGGCUGAAUUGUGAGCGUUGCAAGUCAGGACUCGUAGGGAAUCCAAGGUAUGGUGGCCGGUGCUACUACGAGUGUAAAAGUCGAAGUAUCUUGACUAAUGUCACGCAAGGCGACAUCUCAACCGCCAUCGGAGAUGGCGUGACUCCCCCGUCACGCGCAGGAUGUGUGUGGGUGAUAUCUGCGUCACACAAUACCAGUCACUCGCUUAUCUACGAGCCCCCAGCCCUCCCCCCUCAGACAUCAGACAUCACCUUGACCUUUACCAACCUGAGCCUCAACUGCUUGACUGAUCAUGUGACUAUAUACGAUGGUCUACCCCCGUUCAUCCUUGGGCUUCCCACCCCUUCUCCUUUGAGAUUCUACAAACUUGGCUCCUUCUGUAGUGCUCUCAGUCUGCAGCAGUCAGUGGUGGCGUCACUAGGCAACAUGGUGGUGGUCUUCAAAGGAGACAUAUCCGCAGUGUCGCUCUCCAAAGGCUUCGGUGCCAUCUUCUCUGUACGCAGGUGUGCCGACCAUUGCCAUGGUAAUCGCCGGUGCGUUAUGACGUCACAAGGAGAGGCGUGCCGGUGCGCCUCAGACUGGACUGGGCCUGACUGUACCAUCAGGGUUUGCCCUAAUAACUGUAGUGGUCACGGGUCUUGCAACUCGGCAAGUGGUCUGUGCACCUGCGCCCCUGGAUAUGCAGGCACCGACUGCAGUCUCGCUGUCCCUUACGGAAAGGGGCAAUGGGAACUUCUUAGUGAACUCACAUCGCGCAACCGUAGUACUAGUUCCCUCGUACGCAUGGCGCAUAGCUUGGUGACUAGUGGCCAGUCCCUUUGGGUUUUUGGUGGCUAUUCCAUGGCGUAUGGACCUCUCGGUGACAUCAUGAAGUUUGAUCUCGUGACUAUGAGCUGGAGUCAAGUAGUAACCAAUCAGCUUGCUGUUGUCAUGCCAACCCCUCGAUACUUCCACUGCGCUGUGAUUCAUGCGGGGGUUAUGGUGGUAUUUGGUGGACUCACUGAGCAAGGCGUGUCUAAUGAGGUCUGGCAUUUGAGCCUAAGCCCCCCCUCAUGGACACGUAAAGAGCCCUCGACCCCAGGCAUAGCAGUCGCCGGACACACUUGUACUCUUGUCGGUGACGUCAUUACCGUAAUCGGUGGCUAUGAUCCAGGCUCCGGAUUUAACGGCCGAGUGUAUCAGUAUCACGUGAUCAACCAGGCGUGGAGCAUCAUGGAUCCUCUGGGAUCACAACCAGCUGGUCUAUAUGGUCAUAGUGCCGUCUAUCACGCUAGCACCCAGUCUAUUCUAGUCUUUGGAGGCUACCUGCACAAGUCCCACAGGGUGACCGUCUCUGAUGAGCUUUACUCCUUGCAUCUUCCCAGCAGACGAUGGAGUCUCCUUCAAGCGUUGCCUGGCAACCAGCCGUCGCCAAAGUUCUUCCACUCAGCUGUUGUCGUGAAUGACACUAUGGUCGUGUACGGGGGACGGGCAGACGAGAACACUAUCUCAGACGAGCUGCUGGUCUACAAGAUCAGCUGUAACUUCUGGCACAACAUGCGUGCGAAGGGCUCCGCUGUGCUGGGCGUGGCUCCAGGGCCUGUCUUUGCUGCAGCCUCUUCUAUAGUACAGGACAAGAUCUAUCUAUUUGGUGGUUCCCAUGGCUACCCGUCCUCCUCUCUAAGCAGGUUCACAAUACCUACCGACCUGUGCCAGGGACUGCUGGAAAGUAUGGAGUGCAUUUCGGCGCCAGGCUGUAACUGGUGCGAAGUUAAUAAUACUUCGCUGUCCUUGAACCAAUCAAGCGCUGUAAAAAAAUCCGUGUGUUACCCCAUAGGCUCACCCACACCGACUAUAUGUCACGCAAUCCCGAACGUCACGCACGUGGUCUUCCUCAAUGGAACAAAUUGUGACGUCACGGCAGCGAAACAUCGCGCAUGCGCAUCUUACAACAGUUGCGCGUCUUGCCUUGGGCGAUACCCAGGCUCCCCUACCGCAGAAAACCGCUGUUCAUGGUGCGUGGGCUGCCCUGCUGGAGGGACGUGCGUGGCGUAUGGUACGUCCUGUAGCUCGUCUUAUCCAUGUGACGCUUCUCAGACGAGUGUCACUGACGCUGGUAACUGUCUGGAGAGUACCACCCAGUGCGCACGCGCGUCAUGUGCUGACUGUACCGCGGGUUCGUGUGUCUGGACUUCCCAGCUCAAGUGGAUUACAGAGUCCAAGCAGCAGUUCUACUCAGAGGGGGUGGGAUGGGGCUGCUUUAGUACUGGCGUGACUGCUAGCUACCCUUCUAUGAGUGUUUCCGUCACGCAAUCUUCUGCAUGUCCUUCAAACUGCUCCGUGCAUACAGACUGCGCUUCCUGCCUCUCGUCAAAGGGGGGUGAAGGUGGCUGGUUAGAAUGCGUCUGGAGCGUUUCCCUCGGCAAGUGCUACCCCCCGUCCUACCUCCCCCUGCUUGGCGUGUCAGGGGGGGCUGGCCGUAUCCUACGGGGGUCCUCACAGUCGUGCCUCCCAUCAUGCUUGCCGUCCAAUCAGUGUUCAAAAUGCCUCAAGAGCCAUCACUGUGCGUGGUGUAGCGAACAGGGGUCAAAUGGGAUCGGCGUUUGCAUGGAGGGGAGUCUUACAGGGCCUUUACCCGGUACGUGUCAGGGCAACUCCAUAGAUGCAGGACCUCAAAAGACAAACUACAACGUCACAACACAUAUCACUACCCCCGCGGCUCCUAUAUGGGCGUCACUGCUGUGUCCCCUUGAGAAUGAGUGCCUUAAUGGCAGGCAUAAUUGCUCGGCCCUGCAAAACUGCGUGGACACCCCCGAGUUCUUCAGAUGCGUCUGUAAACCAGGCUACGAGCAGGCACUCAGCGGUCAGUGCGUACCGGUUUGUACCCAGGGCUGCGUUAAUGGCAAGUGCACAUCGCCUGACGUGUGCACUUGUAGCUUUGGCUGGACAGGACCAAACUGCUCGGUGGAAUGCCUGUGUAAUGGUCACGGUCAUUGUGCUAAUGCGACGAAGCGUGACGUAUGUACCGAUUGCCGAAAUCACACAACGGGUUCCAGUUGCCAGUACUGUGAACCGCUUUAUGUGGGAGACGCGCGUAAUAACGGGUCCUGUGUUUCGUGCUACCACACGUGUAACCACACCGCCACCGUGUGUAUGGACCGCAAGGAUCUUGAGAGAGCCAGGAACUUCAGCCUGUCGCUUGACCCAGAUCAGGUGGUCCAGUGGUUGACGCGCGGGCCUCUCGUGAUCGAUGAAGACGGCGAGUGCUUGUGUGGUAACUUCAGUACGGGGCUCCUGUGUAAGCACUGCGUGCCUGGUCACUUCUUCCUCCAGGGCUACUGCUCAAGAUGUCAGUGUAAUGGUCACGGCAGCAUCUGUGACGAGCGAGGGAAAUGUAGCUGUGAGAAUAACACCGCAGAACAAUGUCACAGUGGUCAAAACGAUUGCUACAAAAAUCAGUGUACUAAAUGCGUGGAUGGCUUCCUUGGUUCUCCGGCCGAUAGCCGCCUGUGCUACUCCAAGAUUAACCACAUGCAAGAAUUCUUCAUCAGCAACGACCCGACCAAAGAGAUUAACGACAAGAACGUUCAGCCGUUAUCACAAGGCCUGACCGUACCGUACGUCGUCUUUCCAAAGUACACAAACGUCGAUAUACGAACAACUAUCGACGUGUUCCGAGGCGGCCUGGACGUGUACAUUACCCCAGAUAACCGGGCAGUCUCCGUGUAUGAAAGCAAUUUAACUCAUGUGGUCGAGGUAAACUCGGAAAGCUCGAGACGCCGCCGAAGAUCAGCCGAUAGUAACCUCAAUAUUAAGGAAAUUAACGCGGGACCUAAUCGACUCAACACGUUCGUGACAUUCAGUGGUAAUGAUGACGUGACCGUGGUUCGUUCCGUGGAGAAGCGUUUAAUAAUCACGUUCCCGUAUGAGGAGCAUUUACUCCGCUCUGUGCGAUUUUACCUGGUGUUUCGAGGUGUGGGGAGCUCGGCGUCUCCGGACACCACCGGAGUAGUCUACUUCCGCCAGGAUGUCUCCAACAUAGACCUCUUUGUGUUUUUCUCCGUGUUCUUUUCCGUGUUUUUCCUCGUGCUUUCUAUCUGCGUGAUCACGUGGAAGAUGAAGCAGUUUCACGACCGCCGUCGCAUCGCGCAGGUACAAGAGCGCGAGCUAGAGACAAUGGCGAGCCGCCCGUUCGCAAGCUACUCUUUCAUCGUGGACACGCGCGGCCCGCCUCAGAAAAGCUGCUGGAAGAUAAAGCGCGAGAACUCGCGUACGCGCGUCGAACACGCGCUACACCCACGCAAGGCGCAGAUCUAUUUGCGUGACGUGGCGGAUCGGCCUCUGAUUAGUCAAGCCGCCAUAGAGACUACCGCUGAUACCAAGGCCUCGGUUGUCACUGUCAUGUUCAGGUUGCCUGGCAACGAGAAUUCGGACUUUCAGCUAUCGUUCGGCUCUGCGUUGACGCUGUCGAACUCGCAGCAUACCAUUGGUUCCAUAUUUGGGCAUCAACUUAUGAGUGGACAGAAGACCAACACUAGACACACGGUGACUGUCACAAGCUAGCGACGCAUGCGCGACGCAUGCGAAGUACGUCACAGUCACUGCUAAUUUUAAUCUUUUAUCAAAUUCAAGACGGAUUUACACGCACCGAUUUGUCGAGCCGAUUGUCGGGCGGAGCAUUCACAAGCUACGAUUUGUCGGACCGAUUGUCGGGCGGAGCAUUCACAAGCUACGAUUUGUCGGACCGAUUGUCGGGCGGAGCAUUCACAAGUUGCGAUUUGUCGGACCGAUUGUCGGGCGGAGUAUUUACAAGCUACGUCAGAGCAUUUACAUUUACAAAUUGCGAUUUGUCGACGCCCUGCUUCGGUUUGUUUGUUGUUUCACCCAUGACUCGACCAAGCCCUUGUAUGACAAAUUUGGUACCGUUUGGUUGAACUUAUAAGAAGCGUUUUAUAGGUAUUUAUUGACCCGUGAUAGUGUUUGACGGGCAUCGUCAGUUAGCAGGGGCGUGUCCUGAGAAAAAUGCAGGCUGGGUUCAAACAUAUCACUGACCUAGGAAUGGUUUUCUCACAUUCUAAAGCUAUUCCUGAUUUCUGGGGAAAUAGGUCACUAUAAACAUCUAGAUCCAAUAUAAUCAUACACAAAAGUCAUAAGCCGAGCACUCUCUAAACUAUUCCACUAGUCAAAUUUGUCUAUUUACUGCUUCCCCACGUAAUUUCACAUUUCUGCAAAUGAGCAGGGUGGGGCCCGGACCCCUUGGCCCUCCCCCUCUCUGGACACACUCCUGGUUGGUAUUGCUCUAUAGUAGUCUGGGCCGGGUACAGUUAUCAGCCACGUGAUUUUUUAAAGCCACUGAAUAUAUUGAUUUUAUUGUGGCAGGGAUUCUAUGCAUUUUCUCCACAAUACUUUUCCUAGAAAACUUUCUAUCAAAAAACGGUUUCUUCCAGUAACAACAACUGUUUUCAAUUUUCGGUGAGAACUAGGCAUACACGUCUCAAGCCCUAUGGUAAUUUGGCGUCAGAGAUUAGUUUCCUAUUUGUAGAAAUUGCUUUGCUGUUUUUUAUUGCUGAUGGUCAAAUUCACAUUUUUUGCUGCAAUUGCGAUUAUAGUCAAUAAACACACAAACAAGCAUAUUCAACACAAAGAGCUUAUUCAACCCUUGUCAAUAAACAAAAGCAAACGCAAAAAAACACAAGAGUUUUUAACCAUAGAACAGGUGACUGGCUGUGCCAUAAAACUUGUCUCUGUUGAGAUCAAAAUCUUCAUUCAAAUGAAUUUCCACAAAAAUAUAUACAUAUGCCUUUCAGAAUCGUUUUAUACAACAUUGCCCAUAGUGACAUUAUAUUAAAACACAAGAUGUAGGUAGGAAAGAAAUAAAAAAUAAUAUUAAUGGAUGCAAAAUGCACCUUUUCUGAAAAGUUUAUAAUAAAAUUAACGCACUGAAA